UGAUAUUGAACAUUGGAAGGAAUUAAAAGUUAAAAUUAAAAACACUUUAGAGGCUAUGUAUGUUUGUUUUUUUAGAAAUUUUAAAAUUAUCUGUUUAUAAUAUCCUAUUAUCCUAUGUAAUAACUUCAAAACUAUCCUCUUAAGUUGGAUUUAAAAACAUUUAAAAAUGUGUUUCUAGUAAAUGAAAUAUAAUCUGCUCUUGAGUGACUGCUUUAUCUUACUUAAUACAUUUUUUCAGCAUAGGCCUAACAAUGAUGAUAACUCAACUGGCUUUACGGAGUAUUUGCCAAGCCUGCCGCACUUCACAGGUAUUCAGAAACCAAACAAAAGUGUUCCAGAGAAGUUAUAGCUUUAUAGAUCAAUUCGACCCACCUUACCUAGAGGAUCUUAAACCUGAAAUUCCUGAAUAUGAAAUUGUAAAUGUUCAAAUGAAGGGCUAUGAUUUUGCUGUUUUGGAAAACUACCAAAGUUUGGUUCACAGAAUAGCAAAAUCUCUGGAUAUUGAAGUUGAAGAAGGCUGGGGUACGCCUGCAACUGUUGAUAACAUAAAAAAAUUCAAGCCCAACAGUGCCAAUGUUGAUUGUGAAUACAAAUUGUGGACAUACGAACGUAACGUACAGGUUGUGGAUGUACCUUCAACAAAAAUGACCUUAUUCACUGAAUUAGUCCAAGCAGCAUUACCUCAGGGAGUUAAUCUUAGCGUUCAUCUUCACGAGCAAGAACAUGAGGAAAUACGCUAUGUCCCCGACUAUGAACUGAAGCAGCUGAAAAAUCAGCUAGAUGACAUCUCACAAAGGAGAAAUAAAUAAAAAUAAGUAGUUUUAUACAACAUUUUUGUGUGUAAAUCUUAGACUGUGCUUUUCUUUUUUUGUAGUUCACACUAUUAAAAAUUAAUUGUUACUA